AAUUCCUUCCAAAACCCUCUUCAAACCCUUGCCGCUAUUCCGCUUGCGAAGCAGGUUCUGUAGAAGUUGAACACUCGUCGUCUUCUGAUGAAUUUCUAGGGUUCACUGCUUAGCUGAUCGCAUACGAUCUUCUCAGUAGCUAUGGGAGGAUCUCGAGUUCAAAUCAACAAGUCUCACAAAUCCCGCUUUGCUUCCAAAUCGUCUCGUAAUCUUCACAGGACAUCUCUGAAAGAUAAGAGUAGAAUUGCAAAAUCGGAGCACAAUGUCACCAAGGGAGCUCGAGCUGCUCGAAUUCAACGUAACAAAAUGUUGCGUGAACAGAAACGGGCUGCCCUUUUGAAAGAGAAAAGGGCUUCUAAUGGAUCGUCAAGUCCUCCCCGUAUAAUUGUUCUUUUUGGACUCUCUGCCUGCGUUAAUCUAGAUUCACUUGCUGAAGAUCUUCUGAAAUUAUUAUCUCCUAAUGGUACUGGGUCUUCAACAGUUGCAUCCUCUGAGUACAAAAUCAGAGCAACGGUAUUGAAAGCACCUCAUGGGGAUCUGUUAUCUUGUAUGGAAAUGGCCAAGGUUGCUGAUCUAAUUGCUUUUGUGGCAUCAGCGAACGAAGAAAGUGAUUCUGACUAUAUUGAUUCAUUUGGAAGUCUAUGCUUGUCUGUGUUUAGGUCAAUUGGUUUGCCAAGCACAGUUGUCUUCAUUCGUGAUCUACCAACUGAGCUGAAAAGAAGAAAUGACUCAAAGAAGAUGUGCUCUUCCAGGCUUGCUGUUGAAUUUCCUGGGGAUUGUAAGUUCUAUCCUGCAGAUACAAAAGAUGAGUUGCACAAGUUUUUGUGGCUAUAUAAGGAGCAAAGGCAAACAUUACCUCACUGGAGAAACCAACGGCCUUAUCUCAUGUCUCAGAAGGUUGAUAUUGUAGCAGAUGAUUCAAAUUCAGGAAAAUGUACUUUACUCCUUACUGGUUAUCUGCGUGGUCGAAGCCUCUCGGUGAACCAGCUGGUUCAUGUUUCUGGUGCGGGGGAUUUUCAACUGCUGAAGCUAGAAAUUUUGAAGGAUCCAUUUCCUCUCAAUCCAAGAAAAGAACCAGAUGCAAUGGAUUCUGAUGAUCUGCUUAACGCAGAGGUUGUUCGUUCUAUGAAUCCUGAUUCUUUGACCCAGGAGCCCUUGCUUGUUGAGAAUGUUCCUGAUCCUCUUGCAGGAGAACAGACAUGGCCAACAGAGGCAGAGAUGGCUGAGGCUGAUGAAAAUCAGGAACAAAAAAGGUUAAAAAGGAGAAUUCUUCCUCGAGGUACUUCAGAGUACCAGGCUGCUUGGAUUCUGGAUGAUACUGAUGAGGAGGAUUCAGACAGUGGCAGUGAGGCUGAUGAUGGCAUGGUACUGGAUGAAACAGAGAGGUAUGGUCCAGGGGCAGAGGGUGCUGAUAACUCAGAAUUUGAUGAUGAUCAAGCUUCCCUAGACCUUAGGAACUCUGAUGAGGAAACUGAAAGUGAUUCAUUGAUGAUGGAAGGUGAAAAUUUAACAAGAGAACAGAUAGAAUAUGAGAUAAAAAAAAUUAAAGAAGCACAUGCUGAAGACGAGGAAUUUCCGGAUGAAGUGGAAACUCCUUUGGAUAUUCCUGCUAGAAAGCGUUUUGCCAAGUAUAGAGGUCUCAAGUCCUUUAGGACCUCUUCAUGGGACCCCAAAGAGUCUCUAACCUCAGAAUAUGCCCGAAUUUUUGGGCAUGUUGAAAUUUGCAAAACACAAAAGCAUGUUGUUAUGGCAAAGGCCCUGGCAAUGGACCAAGAUAGCAGGGAUGACUGUAUAGUCAGGCUGGUCAGUAUGAUAAGGCUUAACAUCAAGGAAAUACCGGCACUGCUGUUUUGCUUUCCAAAUUUAUGUGUACUUGCGAAAACGGUGCCUGUUAAUUUGCAAUGUGGUCUUUUCAGGCACGAGUCCUAAAUGUCUGUCCUUUCAUUCAGCAUUAAGAAGCAUGAUCUUAUGAUGCUCCUAUCAAUCCAAAGAAGACUAAUAUUUCAUUUUGGCUUUCGGAAAUUUGUUGCAUAGCCAAUAUUUUCCACUGACAAACAUAAGUCAGACAAGCACAAGAUGGAGAGAUUCUUCAUGCUGGCCGAAUUCUCCAUAGCAUCAGUUUUUAUGCUCCAAUUGUCAUUUACCCACCUCCCAAUUUCAUUUCCACCUCUUCCUUUGAUAGUCUUGAAGCGUGGGGAAGGAGGCAGUGCCCCCACUGUUGCUGCUGUUGGCUCCUUGAGAAGCAUUGACGCUGACAGGAUAAUACUGAAGAAGAUUAUAUUAACAGGUUACCCUCAACGAGUGUCAAAAUUGAAAGCAUCAGUGCGCUACAUGUUCCAUAACCCAGAGGAUGUAAGAUGGUUCAAGCCUGUGGAAGUGUGGACCAAAUGUGGUCGCAUCAAGGAACCUGUUGGUACACAUGGGGCUAUGAAGUGCACCUUUAAUGGAGUUCUUCAGCAGCAUGAUACUGUUUGCAUGAGCCUGUACAAACGUGCAUAUCCCAAGUGGCCAGAACAUCGGUUCCCAAUUCUCGAUGCUUGAUCAGAUGGUAACUGAUCUUCCAUCGUUAUUCAUUAUGAAAUACACAAGGUAGCCGUGGUCGUUUGUGGGAAUGACGCUCUGGUUCAGAUUCUCAAUUCUAAUUUCAUGUUUACUAGGAAGUUAGAAGCAAUAGAGUGUGUGGGGAUUUGUUGUAUCUUCCCCCAUUGUAGUUGUUUGUUUUCUUUUUCUCUACCCGUUUCUGCUAUGACAAUUUAUAUUUUUCCCCUAUAGUUGCAAUUGCAAAGCAGGAAUUGGAAAGUAGUAGAGAAGGAAACAGAGGAAAAACAAGCAAUGCCAUUUUGCUAUGCUGGCAUGCUAGCUCAUUAAUUUAUGCUAUGAAAGGGAAUUAUAAUCAAUUAUUUAUUGAAGUUGAA